AUGUCACUGGAUCAUCAUCCUGGUUUUGAUUGCGGGGGGACUCUAUGGUUCCAGAAUUUGACUGAAUUUCCACAAGGUGCUUUAGGGCCUAUCUUUCCUUUAUUGAUUGCUGGUUUGCAUUUUGUUAAUGUUCAGAUUUCUUUUCGAAGAUCGUCAGUUGGAAAAGAUUCUGGCCUAUUUGUCUUAUUAGCCAAGUACUACAAAAUAUAUUUGGAUCUUAUGACGGUUCCUAUAUUGUUCAUUACGUUUUAUGUUCCCCAGAUUUCUUUUCGAAGAUCGUCAGUUGGAAAAGAUUCUGGCCUAUUUGUCUUAUUAGCCAAGGUAACUCAGCAAUUCUUACUCGCUUGUGCUCUGAUAUUAGACCAUAGCACUUAA